AUGCUAGACCCAUGGACACAUAGACUAACAACACCUAAGAUAGACGCAACCAAAACUAUUCAAACAACACAAUGGUAUUAUACUGAACCCAAUACACUUGUAUUUGACCUUGAGGGAUGUGGUAUUCCUUCUGAUGAAUUAAUUGAAUGGGUCAAAUCAAGUCUGCCUGUAGGUAUCUCAGGCACCCUUACUCAUACAAACUCCGAUCAUGUCUUGCUACUCAACUUACAUCCUCCAUACAGGGACAUUCAGGCCAAUCUACUGCAUCAACAGACAUAUGCCAUAUUAAAGUAUAGAGGAUUAAGACUCAAGAACAUGUCGAUUUAUCUCAAACCUACCCUGGGUCUCUCUUUCUCUUCUAUAGGUCGUAUCUAUUUUUGGCGUCUUCAGAUCAAUGCUAUUCCUGUCCGAGUGUUUGAGAUGGACCAGGAACACAUCAAAGCAGCCUUUGGUAAAGCAGUCACUAAGGCUUUUAGUCGAUGUCAUCCUCAGAAUGUCUUGAUUGUCUUGACAGAACAUGUCCAUACAAACCAAGAAACUGGCCUAGUAACCAUGCUUGCUCAAGAGAUUCCUGUGGAUAAACACUUGGUGAAUCCAAUCCGAGCAUUAAUCUAUAUUUCGUUUUUACAACACUAUCUUCCUAUGACAGCCACACUCAUUCAGCCUUAA